GUGCGUGUGCGCAAACUAGCGUGAUACCCGAAGCCGCUCGCACGUUCCGCGGCUCAUCCUCGCGUGUGAUACUAAUAUCGACUUUAUAGCCAAGGGCUUAAAGAUUAGUUUACUAUACCUAUUCGAAUUUUACACGAUUCAUUUUUCGACUUUUCUGUGAUUUUUCAGUGUGUGUUGUGUGCUGUUUUCUGUAUGUAUAUUUUUUAUAAGGUCCACGCACGUGAUCCUUCUAGUGCUUGUGUUAGUGUUUCUGUGUAAGUGAAGUGAUUGUGUGUGUCCAAGAUGAUGACCCUAUACCGGACCAUUAAGGGGACGAGCACGACAAAACGGAAAAGGCGGGAACGAAGCCUAGGACCAUUUGAAUUGGCGACGGGAGGCGAAAUGGUUUCUCGACGGCGGAUACUGUCCCGGUCUCGUGACGAUCUCUCACAGGCUUUAGCUCAAGAAGAAGAGGAGGAUGUGUGGUAUCAAAAGGAUAAACUUUAUAAGGAACACAUACAAGAAGUAUUGGACAAAUGGACACAAAUAGACGACGAGAUAUGGGCCAAAGUCAUAGUUUUCGAGAAGAACCGGCGAGUGGCGAAAGCGUAUGCGCGCGCGCCUGUACUCACUAUCAACGGAUCGGACGAUGGGUUUGAUGGCAUGAGAAUCGGCCUUUGCGGGUUUGACAACCCUCACAGAGAUCAGAAAACAGAAGAAUUGAAAAAACACAUAGGACAGGGUGUUAAAAUAAAAAUGGACGACGCUGGCAAUAUACUCAUCAGGCGCUACUCGAAAAGUAGCGUGUUUGUGAAGAGUACUGCCGCUACUGCCAAUGAGGAGACGGCGAUAGGACAGGAUAUUGUGAAGCUGCCUGGCUAUGCGCUGGAACAAGAGAAAAUAUUCAAGCUGUUCGACAUGAAGAAAUUCCAAUCGAACGUGAACCGUGAGCUCCGCCGCGCUUACCCAGACCGGAGGAGACUGGAGACACAAUGCCUCAGCGCUGUGGCCUUCGUCAAGUCGGACGGGGACCUGCUGGAGUGCCCCAUAUGGGUGCUGGUGAUCAACGUCGUCGCUAUGGAUAUGCUCAAGUCGAAACUACCGCCAGUUCAAAGACCAAUGGACAUAAAGAACCGUCCUCGAAUCCCGAUACCUGAUGAAGACCCUUACAGCAUCGCAAGUUCCAACGCAAACGGAUCAGGCUCAAGCGGCAGUUCUGGCGGUUACGGUCACAACGGUCACAUUGCUCUCAACGGUCACAAUGGUCAUAACGGUCAUGGUGUUGUGGCAGCCACUAGAGAGCAAUUAAUGAUGCAAAUGGGACAGAGGAGGGGAGAGAAGCCGCCAAAACUUCCACCACGGGAGAAUGGUUACGGACCAGCUGAUAUACCUAAACCGGAUUAUGAUGACAUCGACGACCGCGUCCCAACUCAGUUCCCGAGAGGGAAAUCUGAUAAAGGAAAAGAUAACAAGAAAUACGACGACCCCUACUACUGCGGUCUGCGCGCACGCGUGCCCAACUUCGUGAAAACGGGCAAGCACGUGCUCCCGGCUAUGACGGAACGGCUCUCGCUGAAGGAGCCCGCGCCGGUGCCCAGCAAGCGGUACAGCGUGCACGCGCCGUUGCCGCACUUCGCGCCGCUGUGGGCCGCGCGCUCGUACGACAACGGAAUCGACGGCGAGCACUACGACCCGUACGCGGUGUACGGGCGGGUCCCGCAGCGCUUCCCGCCGCACGCCGCGCCUCUCCCCCCCCACCCGCACCCGCUCCCGCUCGCACACGCGCCCCUCGCGCACCCGCACGCGAGGCAGAUGUACAUUGAGGACUGGGACUGAGUGCUCAGUGCGUGUGCUGGAAUGAGGUACUCGCGCGCACACACAUACAUAUACACAGAUACACGCGCCCGCAUAAACAUAGAUACGCCACAUGUCUGUACGGAUUGAGGUACUCGUGCGCAUACAUACAUGAUACACGCGCACACAUUAACUAUGUAACACACACACAUAGAUAUAUCAUGCCACAUGUCUGUUGAGAUUGAGGUAUUAGCGCGCACUCAUAGAUAAACACGUGCGUUUACAGACACAAAUACAUACGUAAACAUACAUAGAUACGUCAUGCUACAUGUCAGUAAGAGCGGGAUUGCCGUACUCCCGUAUAUGUCAUGCCAUACGCCACUCAUAGAUAAAUACCUAGUUACAUACACAUUAAUACACACGUGAGCUUACAUACAUUGAUACGUCAUGACACAUGUUUGUUAGAAGUGAGGUAUUCGCGCUCAUAGAUACACUACACGCGCGCCCGCAUACACGUGCGUACAGACAUAUAUCACAAGUAUGUAGUGGACUGGUAUGAAGGUAGACGCGCUCAUACAUACAUACAUAACACACACGCGUGCAGAUGCAUGGAUAUGCAGACUGAGACACAUAUAAAAGACUAAGACUGACGCACAAACAUCACAUGUCCAUCGAGAACCAGAAUGUCACACACUCAAACACCAAUACAAAUACUUCUCGUCCAUUAAGAACUGGGACUGACAUACACAAAUUCAGACAAACAAACAUUCCUCGUGUCCAUAAAAACGAACACUAUAGUAUACACACACAUACAUACACACAAGCGCGCGCGUAAUGUACAUAGAAUGUAAUAUACAUUAGCGAGUUGUUAGCGUAGUUUAGUUUACAUGUCAUCACACUGCCCGAUACUCGAACUUUUUAUGUAAGUGUUGCCAGUUUUGAGACGUUAAUUGUCACUUAAGACCGUCAAUACAACUUUUUAACAAAUAAUUAAUAAAAAUAGCCAUUAUUUUGUUCAGAAUUAUUUAUGAAUCAUAAUAAACUAAACUUUUAACGUCUCAAAAGGAACACGUUCGAGUAUAAGGACGUUCGAUACAUUGAUUGUAAAUGGUUCAGCUGAACACUGCCACUUAACCGUGUUUCGUUUAGAUCGUGUAACUCUAGAUUAGAAAUAGGAUUCGUUGUUAUCGAGUUACAUUGUGGUCUUUUGACUUAUGUCAAUCCUAGUCAAUACAGGGUUGGGAAAUUUUAUGAGUUGACAACUGAUAAAUUGAUUUUGUAGUAGCGCUUUAAAUUUGUAUACCUACUUCUUUCUAUUUUUAUACUGUCUUUGUAUUCUAUUGUAAAUAUUUCAUUUUCUAUAAUUAAGGCUUUCAUAUUUUUAUAUUCAUAUACUGAUACAUCUGAUUAAUUACUUUAAUGUAAGUAGAUAUAUAAAUACUCAAUUAUUAUAAUAUUAUCUUAAUAUAGGUAUUGUAAGUAUUGAUAAUUUUGUACUUUAGGAUUUAUCCGUAUCUAGCUUAAUUAUGUAAUUUAAAUAGUAUUGGAUAUCAAUUUAUUAAUAAAUCUUUGUUUUUAUCUCUUGAUAUGCAUCUAUAAAAAUUUAUUUUAUUAAUCGAACCACAAAACUUAUACUUAUUGUCUAUUUCUAUGUUCAAUUUCAAAAUUAUUGUAUCGGAGGUGCUAGACAGGUUACCAUUUCAUUUUAUCUUAUGUGUAUAAUAGACAUAAUAAUUAUGAAUAAUACAUGAACACAGUAACACUUAAAUAAUUUAAUUAUCAGUAAUGUCAGUAUGUUAAUUUGUAACAAAACUCGUUUUUGGAUGUAUUUAUGCGAUUUUUACGAAAAAGUAGAUAAAUAUUUGAAACAAAAAUGUAUUUAUUUUCGAAAAAUGUUUGUUAAUUUUAUAUAGUAAAGUAAUUUCGCCAUCACACAAUCUAGUUUUAUUUAAUUCGUAUUUACACUAACCGUGUUGGCGAUUUUACUUUGAGUUAGUGUUAACAUCAACAACCCGACUGUAUCGCAGGGUGUUGGUUAUCAAGUAACCUAUUCUAAGGAGAAUUUGUAUGAAUUAAAUAUACAAUUAUUUUUAAAA